CGCGAAAACCCAAGUCAACUUUAACCAACACGCUCUUUAAAGCUGCUUUGCAAGAAAAUGACACUUGAAACCUUGUACAACUUGAUCGACCAGAAAAAGGAUGAAUUUAUCGCUCUUCUCGCGAAAGCGGUAGCCAUUCCUUCCGUGUCUGCAGAUGCCAACCUUCGUCCUAAGGUCUAUGAAAUGGCCGACUUUGUCGUUGAUGAAUUCACCAAACUUGGAGCCAAGAUGGAAAAGCGCGACAUUGGCUUCCAUGAAAUGGACGGUCAAAAGGUCCCCUUGCCCCCUAUUGUCCUUGGUCAAUAUGGAAGUGAUCCUUCCAAAAAGACUGUUUUAAUCUACAAUCAUUUUGAUGUUCAACCUGCUUCGAAAUCUGACGGCUGGUCUACUGAACCUUUCAAGCUUGAAGUGGACAAUAAGGACCGUAUGAUUGCUCGUGGUGUCACUGACGAUAAGGGUCCCCUCAUUGGUUGGAUGUCUGCCGUUCAAGCCUACCAAGAAUGCGGUUUGGACUUCCCUGUCAACUUGUUGAUGUGCUUUGAAGGUAUGGAAGAGUAUGGUAGCGAGGGCCUUGAUGAUCUCAUUCGUGCCGAGGCUCAAAAGUACUUUGCCAAGGCAGACUGUGUUUGUAUCAGCGAUACUUAUUGGUUGGGUACCAAAAAGCCCGUGUUGACUUACGGAUUACGUGGUGUAAGCUACUUUAGCAUGACCGUAGAGGGCCCUGCUGCCGACCUGCAUUCUGGUGUUUUCGGCGGUACCGUUCAUGAGCCUAUGACUGAUUUGAUUGCCGUCAUGAGCUCCUUAGUCAAGCCCAACGGCGAGAUUUUGAUCCCUGGUAUUAUGGACGAAGUCGCCGAGCUCACUUCUGAGGAAGACCGUCUGUACGACACCAUCGACUAUGAGAUGAGCGAUUUGAAGAAUGCCACCGGUGCUGACAUUUCCAUUUAUAGCGAUACCAAGCGUACCUUGCAACACCGCUGGCGUUACCCUACAUUGUCCCUUCAUGGUAUUGAAGGUGCCUUCAGUGGUAGCGGUGCAAAGACAGUCAUUCCCGCCAAGGUGAAUGGUAAAUUUUCCAUUCGUACCGUACCCAACAUGGAACCCGAAACUGUUCGUAAGCUUGUACAAGACCAUGUAGAAAAGGUUUUCAGCGCUUUGGGUUCCAAGAACAAACUUACCUUCCAUGCUCUUCACGCUGGUGCCUGGUGGAGUUCUUCCCCCAACCACUGGCACUAUGACGUUGGAAGUCGUGCCACUGAGCGUGUUUUUGGUGUCAAGCCUGACUUUGUCCGUGAAGGUGGUUCCAUCCCUGUCACCGUUACUUUCGAACACGCCUUGAAUAGGAAUGUUCUUUUGCUACCCAUGGGCCGUGGUGAUGAUGGUGCUCAUAGCAUCAAUGAAAAAUUAGACUUGGAUAACUUCAUGAAGGGUAUUAAGCUCUUUUGUACUUAUGUUCACGAGUUGGCUUUAGAACAGCAGUAAACCUGUUGAUACUAUCUUUUAUUAUUCUUUACAGUCUCAUAUCCCUAAGCUUCACUGCAUUCAGGUUUAUAGAGUGUUCUCGUUCCUUAUGCUUUUCAUUGGAAGCUUGGGUUCCCUUUUUUCCCACUAUAAUUGAUCAUGGACAUAUACCUAUCUUAAGAUUAUUCUCUUAACAUGAAAAUUUUUCUGCAUGCAUUUUAAUCAAUAGAAAGUAAUACGGUUGGUGAAGUCUUUUAUUCAAUAUAAUAUAAAUGAGAGGUUUGUUUGACUGAAGCUGAAGAUUAGGUACAAAGUUUAUGGAUUAAGGAAACAUAAAAUGUUAACUUGAUA